GGUCACCAAAGAACUGAAAAUGGCAUAUGUGCAUGGAGGGGAGGCAGACUACAUAGCACCUGAGGUUGUCCUGGAUGAACAGCCGACAUCAGUUGCUUCAGAUGUGUUUUCGAUCGGCCGUAUCUUUUCGGAUAUGGGAGAGAUAUUCGAAGAUCUCCACUCUCCCGUGGUUCGAACACUGACCAAGAUAGGAUCUGAGUGCAUGGCAAAUGAUCCUGAUCACCGCCCAAGCCUUGAUACCAUCCAAACUCAAAUCGACAAACUCCAACGGCCGAGUAGAUGGAGGCGUGUCAAGCGAUGGUUCGCAAAGAAACUACAUCUACGCAGAAAGUAGUCCCACUAUAAUUCAUAUUUUGGCACCAUUUGAUAAUAAAAUCACAUAAAAACAUUCAUUGUCCCUCAUUGUAUUCUU